AUGCGAAUACAAUCCACCGCCUCGCUAGCGCUAUCACUGCUGCUACCACUAGCAGCAGCAUCCGGCUUCGACUGCGCGCACAUCAAAGAAGACGGCUACAAAUACGACCUCAGCGCACUGGGCGGCGUGCACGAGCUGUACCAUGUCAACCGAACCGACGGCUUGGUCACCAACACCACCUAUGUGCUCAAUAUCUGCAAUAUCCUGAAAGGAGCUGCCACUCGCGGGACGCUCAAGUGCGGAACCUCUAAGAAUAUCUGCGGCUUCGUCGAACAAUAUUCCGAAACCGACAAAAGCUUCAACCCCUUCACUUUCCCAAUCGUCGGCCUCGACCCCCUAGGCCACGGCUCCAAGGACCCGGAGAUCACGCGCCUGAAGAAGAUCGAUCCCGACCGUGAGGGGCUGCUCGUCAAGCUGACUGGCGGCGAGUAUCGCGGGGAUGACAACAAGGGCAAGAAGAAGAACGCCGGCGCGGUUAUUGAGUUCGUGUGUGAUCCGGACCGUUCUGGACUCGAGGGAUUGGUCGACGAGGAUGAUAUGAAGCGGAGAUCUGCUGCUGUCGUCGUCGCCGAAGACGAAGACGAGAGUUCCCGUGACAAGAGCUUGUCGUUUAAGAGCUUUGGCAAGGCUGAUGGGGAUUCCUACGUGCUGAAGCUGGACUGGCGCACGAGGUAUGCUUGCGAUGAGUAUAAGGGAGGCGAUGGCAAGGGGGAUGAUGGUGGUGAUAAUGAUAGAGAGGAUGCGUCGGGGAGUCACUGGGGGUUCUUUACGUGGAUGAUUAUCAUUCUCUUCCUCGGCACAGCCACCUACCUCAUCUUCGGCUCCUGGCUAAACUACAGCCGCUACGGCGCCCGCGGCUGGGACCUGCUCCCGCACGGCGACACCAUCCGCGACAUUCCAUACAUCUUCCAAGACUGGCUGCGCCGCGUGAUCAAUACCCUCCAGGGAACGGGGUCGCGGGGCGGCUAUAGUGCUGUCUGA